UUAUAAGCCUUUUUGUUUGAACUUAUAUAUAUUGGGGAUGCCCAGAGAGAAACUAAUUAACAAGUUACUCAGAAUUAUAUUAAUAUAUAUAUAUUUUCCCUUAGGCGCAGCACUUUCGGGAUUGGAAGACAGCCAUUAUUAAUCCAGCCCUGGCCUGAGAUUGAGCAUGACUACAAAUAUCCUCUCAAGCACAAUUGUUCUUGAGGCUCUUAGAGAUGACAAUUACGAGAAUUGGAGUGCUUGCAUUCAAAACUAUUUCUUGGCACAAGAUCUUUGGGACAUGUUCGAAACAACUACAGAACCUCCAAAACCAGAACAAGUAGUGGAAUUCAAAGGUUGGAGGAAGAAGAAUGCUGCGGCUUUACAUGCAAUUCAAAUUUCAUGCGGAGUGGAAAUACUAUCUAAGAUCAAGGAUAUUAGUUCUGCCAAAACUGUUUGGUAUACAUUGGCUAAAUUAAUGUGCCAACCACCUAAUCCAAAGGUUGAACCAAACAAUCCUGGGUAUUCGGCACUAAAAGAGGCUUUGCAAAGUGCUGAUUGGGAAACUGCAACGGACUUCCUUAAGCACCAUCCCAAUUCAAAGACCGCAAAAAUUACAACUUUAGGCAAGACCGCUCUUCACGUCUCUGUUGCGGCGGGACAUCUUCGUAUAGUGGAAGAGUUGAUGGAGCUAUUCUCGGAAGAUGAGUUGGAAGUACAAGAUAAUAACGGUAACACUGCUCUAAUGGAGACAACUUAUCGUGGACAGUACAAGAUGGCAGAGCGCAUGCUUAGAAAAAACAAGAAGUUGAUCAGAAUCAGAUCUAAUGGGGACAGAUAUCUUCCAGUUGUUAAGGCUAUGAGAUAUGGCCAUAUAAAAUUGGCUCGCUAUCUAUAUUCUCUUACUCCUCUGGAAGAUCUUGUGCCAGAAAAUGGCACUAGCGGUACAACACUUUGUAAGGCGGCUAUAUUCAGUAAAACUUUUGAUAUUGCUUUGGAUUUGAUCAGGCAUUGUCCACGUUUGGCUCUUGCUACAGACGGCGCCACCCCUACGUCCCCUUUACACGCAUUAGCUUCUAUGCCAAGUGCAUUCCCGAGUGGAAAUCGGCUUGUGUUUUGGAAACGAUGGAUUUCCUCUUGUAUACACAUUCAAUCGUCUGAGACCAAUACCAAUGAAGUUCAUUUGAUCGUUCAUAAAGAAGAUCAGGAAAGCCAAAGUGAUGUAGAAAAAACUAACAGAUCAUCAGGUGUGAAAAUUAUCAAAUUUCAUUUCUACUUUGCAGUUAGAGGUCUAUUGUGCGGUCUAGUUUCAAAACUCAUUAGCCUCAUCGAUACGGAGCAUUUAUAUAAAAUGAAGUUGGUCCAUGAGCAAUCCCACGAACUUCUACGUCUUAUGUGCAAAGAAGUAUCAAAUUCAUAUCAAGAUGAAAUGCAUAAUGGUGAAAUUUAUAGUGUCAUUCAUUGUGCUAUCAAGGAAGGGAUUUUUGAGUUUGUUCGCGACGUUCUCAAAGCAAAUCCAGAUCUUUUGUUACUCCGCGAUGAAAAUAAAAGAAACGUAUUUAUGUUCGCUGUUCAAUGCCGUCAAGCUAAAAUUUUUAGCCUUGUAUAUGGACUGAAUCUGAAGAACAGAAUGCUAAAUACUCGAGAUAUCUUCAAAAAUAAGAUAUUACAUUUGGCAGGGAUGCCACCAAUAUCCAGUGGGCUUGAUCGCAUCCAAGGUGCAGCAUUACAAAUGCAAAGAGAAGUACAAUGGUUUAAGGAGGUACAGAGUGUUAUCCCUCCAAGGGAUAGUGAAGUAGUAAACAGAGAUAAUAAGACUCCCCGAGAAUUAUUUAUAGAGCAACACAAGGACUUGUUGAAAGAGGGGGAGAAAUGGAUGAAGGAUACAGCAAAUUCUUGCACAGUAGUAGCAGCUCUAAUUCUUACCAUUAUGUUUGCUGCAGCAUUUACCGUUCCAGGAGGCAACAACCAAGGCACAGGCUUGCCAGUAUUCUUCAAUAAAAGAUUGUUUAUGCUCUUUAUGGUAUCUGAUUCGUUAUCACUCUUUUCUUCUGUAACUUCAGUUUUGAUGUUCUUAGGAAUCCUCACAUCCCGUUACACAGAAGAAGAUUUCCUCAUAUACUUGCCCACAAAGAUGAUUAUCGGCCUUUCUACUCUUUUUUUCUCCAUAGCAGCUAUGAUGAUAGCCUUCUCUUCUGGUCUAUUACUUAUUUUAGAUGAACAAUCAUUCAUGGUUAUUCCUGCCAUAUGCUUCGCUAGUAUUCCUGUUGCCCUAUUUGUAUUGAUGCAAUUCCCCCUCCUAGUAGAUAUGUUCAUUUCAACCUAUGGAUCCGGCAUAUUCGAUAGGAAAAUGAAGCCUUGGUUAUAACUUAAAUAUUUGUAUAUUCUCUUCUCUCUCAAUACAGAUUACUAAUAAAUUUCCAACUGAUUUGUGUUACA